AUGUAUUUUACUUAAAAAAUAAGAAGUUGGCUCACUUAAAUAAAUCUAAACUGGAUUAAAAUUAAAAAGAUAUCAUUUGCCUUAGAUUAAUUCCCCUUGUGUGACAAGGAAUUAUCUUUUCAAAAAAAUAAAAAAGAAGCAUUUGAAAAAGUGUUACAAAUUGAUAUAAGUUUAGAUUAAGAUUGCUUAUUUGAUUAAAAAAAAGCUACGAUAAUUGAUUUAUGCAGAGAGGGAGGUAAAAUAUAAGUUAUAGAGCAAGAGUUCGGAUUUCCAUUCAAAAAAAAUCGAGAAUGUUGA